CAAGGUUUCGCUGACAAGCGCCUGCGCACGGCAGCUCCAUCCAGCAAGGGAACCUUGAAUUUCUUUGGGAUUCCUGAUCUGCAGUGCAGAGCAAAGCGGAGGAACGUCUUGCAGCUGCUGCUGGGUUUGCAAAAGCGAUCCAAAAGGGAUUUAAAACGGCAGAGACAAGCACGAAUCAAUUCACUUCUGAUUCUUAAGCAGUUCUUAAUUAUUUUGCUUUUAAAGAUCUGAACCGUUCUGUUUCAGCCUUUGUUUUAGGGGACAGCAUACACCACAAACUGCAUAAUGGGGAAACAAAAUAGCAAGCUGGCUCCUGAAGUGAUGGAGGAUCUGGUAAAAAGCACAGAGUUUAAUGAACAUGAACUCAAACAGUGGUACAAAGGAUUUCUAAAGGAUUGUCCUACUGGGAGACUGAACCUAGAGGAGUUUCAACAGCUUUAUGUAAAGUUUUUCCCCUAUGGAGAUGCUUCAAAGUUUGCUCAACAUGCCUUUAGAACCUUUGAUAAGAAUGGCGACGGAACCAUUGACUUCAGAGAGUUCAUUUGUGCACUCUCUAUCACCUCAAGGGGCAGUUUUGAACAGAAACUAAACUGGGCCUUCAAUAUGUAUGACUUAGAUGGAGAUGGCAAAAUCACCAGAGUGGAGAUGCUGGAAAUUAUAGAGGCCAUUUAUAAAAUGGUGGGCACUGUGAUAAUGAUGAAAAUGAAUGAAGACGGCCUCACACCUGAGCAAAGAGUAGACAAGAUUUUCAGUAAGAUGGAUAAGAACAAAGAUGACCAGAUCACACUGGAUGAAUUCAAAGAAGCUGCAAAGAGUGACCCUUCCAUUGUAUUACUCCUGCAAUGUGACAUUCAGAAAUGAGCUCGUGUAAAAUGCUUUCAUGGACUGCACAGAAUUUAAAUGUUCCAUUCAGUUUGCAGCUAUUUCCACACACACACACACACACACACCAAACAAACAAACAAAAAUUGCUUGGACUACCUAUCAGUGGACUUGCUUCUUGUGUUUGAAACACUUGUGUGCAUGAGAAUGUCAACUGCUACAGAAUUUUAAAAGUAUAUAUUAUGAAAAAAAUGCCACAAUGUGAUGUGUGCAGUGUCAUUUCAUAAGUCCUAUUCCUCUGAUGCCUGUGCAGCAUUACCAUGCUGCAAUGAACUAUACUAUUUAUUGUUCAUGUUUUACUGAUGCUAGCUAUAUGUCUCCUAAACUGGGUAAUGUUAGUGACACUAAAAUCCCCAUGGUAGUGUAACAGUUCCUUAGCAAAGAUGUCACCAUCCUGCUGUAUAGUAGUAGUGGACAGGCAGAGGGAAGCUCCUCAGUUCAUGAGUCUGAUCCAGACAUGUGCUUGUAUUGUCAGUGAAUAUAAAUGUAUUUCAUUUGCAUGACUUUUAGGUUUGCCUUAAUUCUUACCAUUUGCAUCCUUUCAAUCCGAAAAAAAGAGAGAGCUAUGUCAGAGGAAUGACGUAUAUGACAAAACUUUUUUAAAAAGCUAAACCUUCUCAAGUGUUCCCUUAAUUGAAAGUUAACAUAUAAAUAUAUAUAAUAUAAAUAUAUAAAACACAUUUAAAAUAUUGCUUUACUGGAAGUUUAAAAUGUUUUGU